AAUGCGCGAAAUUAAGAUCCAAACAACUCGUUCCUUUUCUUCCGAAAUCCAAAGAAUCGAGUGCAUGCAUUUCCUAAUCCACACCCACAUACAUCCGGUCCAUACAGCAAUAAUUAUUCUCUACUAAAAAGCGAGGAAGCAGAGAGAGAGAGAGAGAGAAAGAGAAACAGGAAAGGCCACUACGCGCGGUCCGCAAAAUCGAACUCGAAUUUCUCUCGCCACCACGGCCUUUAAUUAACAUCGCGUGCCGCACUUGCGCUGUGUCUCUCCCUCUUAAGCUUUUGCCCACAGUAUUCUUUGUCCUCUUUCGCUUCCCACCGAAGCUCGGAGGGAAAAGGGGGCGGCGUGCUACGGCUUCGAUCGUCAUCCAUGGAGGGUAGCGUCCUCGAUUACGUCCUGGUCCCGGCGGGCCUGGUCGUGCUGCUGGCGUACCAUGCGUGGCUGCUCCACCGAGUCGUCAGGUACCCGAACAAGACCAUCAUCGGCGUCAACGCCAUCAACCGCCGCUUCUGGGUUCAGGCCAUGAUGGAGGACUCGCCCAAGAACGGAGUGCUCGCGGUGCAGACGCUGCGCAACAACAUAAUGGCGUCGACCCUCCUGGCCUCGACGGCGAUCAUGCUCACCUCCCUCAUCGGCCUCCUGAUGACUGGCGGCAACGGCGACCGGAGCUUCUUCUUCGUCUUCGGCGACAAGAGCCCCCGCAGCUUCUCCGUCAAGUUCUUCGCCAUCCUCGUCUGCUUCCUGAUCGCCUUCCUCUUCAACGUCCAGUCCGUCCGCUACUACAGCCACGGCAGCAUCCUCGUGAACGCGCCCUACAAGAAGAUGUCGCCCCACCACCGGCACCACCAGGUGACGGCGAACUACGUGGCCGCCACCGUGAACCGGGGGAGCUACUUCUGGUCCCUCGGCCUCCGCGCGUUCUACUUCUCGCUGCCCCUGUUCCUGUGGAUCUUCGGGCCGGUCCCGAUGUUCGUGAGCUGCUUCGUGCUGGUGGCCAUGCUCUACUUCCUGGACGUGACGGUUGACUUCGGAUGGGCCGUCGUUCCGCACAACGAGGAGGAGGACGACCACGUCGGCGGCGGAGGUAAUGGAGACGAAGAAAGUGGUUAGAUGACAACGUUAGUGGCGACAAAGAUCGGUCUAUAAAUUAAACACUCGACCUAAUACGAUGGAUUCGACUCCCAAUAAGAAUCUGUCGUGUCGCCUUCAUGUGUCGAGUUCAUAGAUCGAUCUUCGAGCAUUUUAGUGCAUUAAAAAUACCUUAGAAUAAAUUGGGCAGUGUAGGUUUCAAUCCAAGUUGAAAUGGAGCUGCCCAAUACUUUGUCGUUGCUUUUUACUUCUGUCGUCUGUUGCAGCAAGCAUAGUCUGCGUACCUUUUCCUCUAGCGGUGGCAAAGAGAAGGAUUUGAACUUGUACUGUUGCGUUUCUUUUGCAUAAUGUUCCCAUCAUUUCAGCAGGUGAUUUCGUCGGGAA